AAUUUCCUUGAGCUGUUGUUGCUGAUCACUAACUUGUCUCGUGAAAUAUAUAGGUUGUUCAGCGACUUUUAUACGUGGCACGGUUCGGUCUACUCGUGGUACUUGGUUAUGCAGGCGAGCAAACCGUAUAUAUCGCCAUGGGAAUCGCUUUAAUCACUAUUCCAUUGCUUCUAGUGUUUUCCGUAUGUAUUGUUAAAGUCGCUAGCUCUGAUUGGCGGCUUUAUCAGUCUGGGAGCCCGUUCAAUAGCUUGAAACGGACAUAUUCAGAAAUACAGCGAUUUGCCACAGACAAAAUGACCAAGAUCGGCAAAGAAUCGAUAGAAGCGGCACGAUAUGUCCCAUCUGCUAAACGAAAAACACAAGGAGAAGAGCAGCAAGGAGAGCAGCAACAAUCCGUGAAAGAUGAGAAUAUGGAUGAUGAGUACGAAAAGAAGGUGACGGAGGCAAUGCUGAGAAAAAGAUCUCUGUUCAAGCUCCCGUUGUCACGAAAACAUCAAAACCAAGCACAAGGUGACGAUGGUGAUAUGGAAGGCAUCGUCACUGGUAUCCAUAAAAUUGCAUUCGAUAGUACUAUAUAGUAGUCUUUUUACUUUUAUCUUGUAAAUCAUUUUCUCUUUCCUACCCCUUACCCCAUCUACGCAUACACACCCUUACACCCAACCACCUAUUAAUCCUUCGCCCAUUCUACCGAACAUUACAACCACAUAAAUCACAUUAAUCACGUACUUUUUACCCUGUAAAUUCUACAAUAGACAUAGCAUUCCCACUUCAUCCUGUAUUAAUCUCUGCUCAUUCUUUCAAACUUCAAACUGAUCAGUCCACUACUCAUAAAGUAGUACUGUACACCACGUUAAAACCGAAGCAUUUGAUAACAUGCAUCCUCAUUAUUAUCAAAGGC